AUCGGAUGUGGCGAUGGAGUGCAUGUACAUCCCCUUGGCAUUCCCCAACGGUCAACCCUUCUAUCACGGUCUGCUCACUUCGGGGGCGUUCGCGGUGGGCUCUGCUGAGACCAUCAUUGCAACAACUGUUUUGAAUGCGUUCAACCUAUUGCCUAGGUCCACCGUGCCGGCCAUACCAGCGUUCGCGAGAGCUGCUGCUGACUAUUUUGAGACGUUGGCUACUUAUGUCAACAGUGGGACGGAUCAUCUCAACUUCAUCGAUCGCCGGAGAGCUCAUUUUGAUAUGGCUUGGCGUCGUGCGGCUAAGUCGGCCCCUAACCCGAAAAUUCGGAGUAUAAUUUACCAAAU